GCGAACCUUUGCCAAGACGCUGUGUAUGGCCGAAAAUGGACUUAACUUCAUCGCGCAGCACUUCAUUCUAGUUCAUUCUUCGACUUCCAUCCGAAUCAUCGCAGAACCAUCGCCUCGCUGCAAGCGUAUAAAACCCACCUCUGAGCUUACUGUUUCCUCAUAUCGCUUCUAUCCCGCUCUCACUAUGUCCGUCAAAGUCUCAAAGUCGAUAACCAACGAGCCCGUCGCCGCAGACACGAUGGACCUCUACCGCGACUUUCACCUUCCUUUAUUUGAAAAGAAUUCUUCUCUCGUUCUUCCGCCUCCAUAUGCUGAAUCGCAUGUCCAUCUUCAUCCUGACCAACUUGAUGACGACUGUUCAUCACCUCACCAAUGCCCCAACGCUCAAAGAUGCCACGGCUCUCGCUUACGACGUGUCGUUUUACCCAUUGUCGUAUCUCUUGUCUCGCUAGGAGGUUUACUGGCGCUUACAUGCGUGUUGGAUGCGUUUUUUGAAGUCGGAGAGGCUGGAAGUCUGUUCAAACGUGCUACAGAUGGGAAUGGAACUUUUGUGAACAAUAAAUUAUACCUCAUCAUCGUCUUUGUCGGUCUUCUCCUCGUGGUGAUACUUGGGAUCUGCUUGAGCGCAUGGUGUUGUCGAGGUUCGUUUGAAAACCCACUUUGCUGUCCAUGCUAUCUGUGUGCCUGCUGUGGUGGUUUAGCGUGCCUUGAGUGUAUAGGAUGCGGAUUAUGUGCCGAAGGAAUUGAAAAUGCGUAACUGCUCUUUUUUUCUAUUACCGGGUUCGAAGUUUGGACUUCAUCUUUUAUACCCUCGGAUGAACUUCAAUGUCUCUGUAUAAUUAUUCUUGGACCUUGUAGUAGGUAUACUAGUAGUAUGUAUGUCCGUGAAGCUCAUCUAAUGAGAUUUGUCUCGUGUUUGGCUCGGCGCUUACACGACA